UUUGGGUUCCACCUCCCCUGGCCUGGCCUGCCCUGUAGUCAAAGAAAACCUAAAAAACCCGAUUAGAUUUGAUAUACGAAAGAUAAAAAAGAUCCUUCUUCUCUUACGCUCCUCCUCGUAUUUCGAUUCGAUUCGUCGGAGAUCUUCUUCAUCUUCUUCAUCCAAACCCUAACUUAUUGCUUAUUUGGAUCGAAUCAUCAUCAUCAUCAUCAUCAUCAUCAUCAUCUUGUCAAUUUUGGAUUUCUCCACCUGAGCCAUGUCUGCCGUUUAUUGCGGAACCAAGAGAUCUUACUUCGAUGAUAUUCCUUCUCCUCCCUCUUCUAAGAGGUUCCGAUGCUUUUCUCCGUCCAAUUCUCCAGUCUGGUCCUCUCCUUCCUCUUCUCUCGAUCAGCUUCGCUCUGCCUUCCCUCACCUUGAACUCACGGUUCUUGUGAAGGCUCUAGAAGAACAUGGAAGUGAUUUAAAUGCUUCUAUGAAAAGCUUAUACUCUUUCGUCUCCGCUGAGGAGGAGAAGAAAGCUCAAGAAUUAGCCGCAGGAUGUGCUGCUAAUGAGGAAUCUGAUGCCGUUUCUGGUGCAUCUACUUAUACGGCUACAGACAAUCCCCCGGUUAGUGGUGAUGACUGGGUUGAAUUGUUAGUCAGGGAGGUUACUCAAUCUACUGGUACCGAUGAUGCUAAACUACGUGCCUCUAGAGUCCUUGAGGCCUUGGAGAAGAUGUUAAGUGCACGUGCUCGUGAAGAAGCUGGGAAAAAAUUCCAAGAGGAGAACGUGGUAGUCCAGCAACAAGUGGAGGCCUUGAUCAAGGACAACACAGUCCUCAAACGUGCAGUUGCUAUCCAGCAUGAGCGGCAGAAAGCAUUUGAAGAUGCGAACCAGCAGUUAGAACUCUUGAAACACCUGAUUCCUCAGUACCAGGAAAAGCUCAGAACUCUGGAGGUGAACAACUACGCGCUGAAAAUGCAGCUGCAGCAAGUGGAACAUGGCAACUCAAUGCCAGGAAGAUUCAAUCCGGACGUCUUCUAAAAAGCUCUCCAGGAAACGAGGACACUUACUUGCAGGAGGAGAAGGCGGCAAUAAACGCAAGUGAGAGAGAGAGAGAGAGAGAUACGAAAACAAAAAGUGCUUUUGCAUUGGUAUUACUGUGUAGUCCGGGACAAACAUGAGUUUCCUUUGCUUUUUGAUAUAUUUCUUUGCUGCUGUUUGUGUCUGUUCCUCAGUCGUAUUAGUUGGGAAAUCAAGGAUGUGUUUUUGGUAUAGGGUUGUAUAACUGAACAUUGUUCUGAAUAUUAGGGGGAGAGUCUGUCGGAGACUAAUAAACUUGUGAUCUCCCCAUGGUAUCGAUUUCCUGAAA